GGAUGGGGGUUGGGACAGAUGGAUUGUCCUUGCAGGCAGACGGGAGGAACUUCUUAAAUGAGGAAAGGCGUAUUUGUUGUAGUUUGGAGGGCAGUUAAGCAUCUCUACGUGGUGGGCUGUUUAUCAACACAAAACUUUGUUGCAUUUGGUGCAUGUUGGUGGAUAACGGAAGACUCGAUUCACAGAAGUCUGGAGUGCUGAGCGAUCACACAUUUUUUUUUAAAGAAACAACCACAGUUUGCUUCUGAAACACAUUCUGGGAGAAUGCGGUGGCUGGGAUGUUAUCGGUUGGGGCCCGUAUGGAAAGCACUUCUGAUAUUUGUUGUCAUCGCUUUUGCGGGACAACUUCUGGGAGUCAUCUUCAACAAGAGCUGGAUGCAGCCAGAGAGACCUCACUCCAUCUACUCUUUUCCCUCUGAGAACUCUCUGGGGUCUUGCCAGCCACACACCCACAUCAUGUUCCUGAAGACUCAUAAGACGGCAAGCAGCACCGUUCUCAAUUUGCUCUAUCGCUUUGGAGAGGAGCGGGGCCUUAAAUUUGCCCUCCCUGUGGGGUACCAAUUUGGCUACCCACUGCCGUUUAUCGCUCAGAGGGUGAAAGGAUACAGAGGCCCUCAUGUGGCAGAAUUUGACAUUAUGGGAAAUCAUAUGCGGUUCAACAAACCAGAGGUUGAGAAGGUCAUGCCAGCUGACACCUUCUAUUUCUCUAUCCUUCGAGACCCUGUGGCGCUAGCUGAAUCCUCCUAUGCCUACUAUAAAAAUGUUGCUCCUGCCUUCAGGCGUGCCAAAGGACUGGCUGAUUUUGCAGACAACCCCUAUAAGUACUAUGACCCCAGAGUCCGAAACAACCAUUAUGCCCGCAACCUGAUGUGGUUUGAUUUUGGUCUGGAUCAUACCUCCAACUUCAGCUUCGCGCUGGCUAGGCGCGGUGUGGCAGCAGUGCGUCGGAACUUCAAGCUCAUCCUUAUCUCAGAGUACUUCGACCAAUCUAUGGUGCUGCUCCGUCACGCUCUUUGCUGGCCACUAGAUGCUGUGGUUUCUUUCAGCCUGAACGCCAGGCAGCAGAUGCCCAGUGGAAGAUCAGGAUGGGUGGGCAAGGCUGCAGCUCCAGCUCCUUUGGCAUUAACAGACAAGCAAAGAUUGAAAUUACGUGAAUGGAAUUCACUAGACUGGCACCUUUACCAAGCUUUUAAUCUCACUUUCUGGCAGGAUGUAGAGCGCUUCGGGCGUAGCAGGAUGGAGUCUGAGGUGGCCCUGCUUAGGACCAAACGGGAGGUUCUCACUCGCAUUUGCUUGCGUGAUGGCGGCCGCCCCAUAGAGGCCAGUCGCAUCCGGGACAAGACCAUCCGCCCUUUCCAGAGUGGAUUAGUGAAGAUCUUGGGUUACGAGUUGCAGUCGGGACUAGACAACGCCACGUGGGAAGCUUGCCUACGCAUGAUCAGGCCUGAAAUCCAAUACAAAGACUUGCUGGAUCUUCGGCAGUUCCCUCGAGCCCAACAACCCCAAGCUGCUGGAGGGCUUCUAGUAAAGAGGGAGCCCUCAGUACUCAGGAAUGAAGACCGUGGGGGAAAGAGGUUGGUGGAAAAGGACUGGGAUGGGACCAUUCUAUUUCGGAAUCAAUCAUUAGAGCAUAUUGAUUCAAAAGUAAGACUUAGAUAGUAAGCUAGUUGCACCUUUUUGCCUCAAGGUCAGUAGUUCUGACCCAUUUUGGCUCAACGGGCCUCUGUGCUGCACUACUAGAGGAGAAGGGACAUCAAGACAUACAACACACUACUUUGUUAUCUACUCUUCCUUCCUCCAUCUUGCCCUUCUACACUCUUAUUUUACACAACAAAGAGUUCCAGAGUGAAGAAGAGGUCUGUGAGUGCAUUGCAUUGGUUGGGGUGAUAUAAUGUUUCAAGCAUGCCAUAUGGAAGCUAAAUGCACAAACUCACUAUAUUGAGGAGAAGUGAGAAAAUGCUGCUUCCCUGUCCAUGAUGAGUCAUGGUAUAUUACAAAAAAACUUAGCAGUGCACAUUAUGUAAGUGAUUGCGGUGUGUCAGACAUACUGCUAAAAGCCUACUUUUAAAUAGGUAACGUAUAUUUGGUACGUUAGCCUUCAAAAGUUUGGGGUCAAUAAAAUUCUUUUUGAAAGAGCUUAAUAAUUUCAUUGUGCAGGGAUGCAUGAAAUUAAUAAGUAACAGUAAAGACAUUCAUUAUGAUAUAAAAGAUUUCCAUUUCAAAUCAAAUAUGUUCUUUUGAAUUCAAAGAAUCUUGAAAUUUUUUUAUAUGAAAUUGAAAACUGGAGCAAUAACUAAUGAAAGCUCAGCUUUGCCAUUUCAGUUAUUAAUUACAUUAUAAAAUAUAUUACAAUAGAAAGCAGUUAUAUUACGUUGUAAUAAUACUUCACAUAACCGUUUACUGUAUUUUUGAUUAAAUAAAUGCAUCCUUUGUGAAAACAAGACAUUAAAAAAAGUAUUGAAAAAUCCCAAACUUCUAAAUGGUAGUGCUGGUGUACCCCCAGUGUCACUACCAAAAAAGUUAGGCUUGUGCAUCCAAUGAAAUAACAGUUUGAUACUGGAAAUGCUAAUUUUUUUAUUUGAUUAUAGUAAUAAGACACAAUGGAUAUCCAUUUGCUGCAUGAUGAAAUUCAACGAAAGUGAAUUCACAGACCCUUCAUUGUCUGGCACACAAGAUUCAAACAGUGGUACUGUUCAGAGUUGCUGGAAUUUAGUUUUAUAUCCAUUUAUUUGGGUAACAGGAAUCUUGAAAGUGUUUUUUUUUAAGAGGAAUUCAUUGUAGUUUUUUUUCUAUGCCACAUGCAUUUUUAGUGACACAUUAUAAGCUAAUACGACUCCCAUGGUUCUGUGAGAACAACAUCUCCAGUUUUUAACACUGUGAAAUAUUAUGACCAUUCAUAAAGGGCAAAAUGGGCUGUAGAUUUGUAUUUACCUUAAGUGAUUGGCCGUUGCACUUAUAAAACCUAUAACAGUCUGUUUACUUAUUAAUGUUUGCUAGAGGUUGAUAUUUUAGCUUUUUAUUUUGAAGUUUUGAAUAAAUAUCAAAUCUAAAAAAAUAAAAUAAUAAAAAAAACAA